GGAGGAAAAGAAAGUGCUGGAGUCUAGUUCAAAGUUCACAAAGCAUCACCACCCCCUCCCCCCAAAAAGUGCAGUAGAUUUUUUUUUUAAUGCAAGAUGGCGGACUUUCAGUGAACAGGGACAACCCGAGGGCUAAAGCAGCCUGCGAACAUUGCAAGACCAAACUAUUAUCACUGUGUGAUAGAUGAUGUUCCUCCUUCCAUCCCAAGGACUGAUGGAUAUAAAGAGUUGGAGUCUUGGAGAGACUUAAAUCAAGCACAUAAGUGCAGAAAAUUCUAGGUACCUGGAAGAAUAUCUGAACUCAUGAUAGAUCUGCAAAGGUGGUAAAUGCAAGGAUUGGUCGCAAAGUUAUUUUUUCAUCACUGCUGUAACUGUGAAUGGUCGCUAAACGAGGACUACCUGUAUAAGUUUUCAGAGACUACACCCACUUCUUCAGGUGCAAGUGCUGCUGAAUUCAGGGAGCAUGGAUUAAUGUUAAGAACUUGCUGCUCAUUGCCUUCUCCUUUGGACUGCAAGUUGUUGUCUUACUGAAUUGCACUAUGGACAUGCUGCUGAGGGGCGAAAUUGGGAGAAGCCAACAUGCCAGGCUGUAGAGCCAGAAGCCCAUGACCUGAUAGGCCUCUGGAAAGCUUGAAGGGUUGGAAUUGAAUUGGUUUGGCGUGUUGCCUUUCCACCGGAGAGGAAAUGGCGAGCAAACGAAAAUCCACUGUCCCCUGCAUGGUCCUGGCGAGAGAGCUGGAUCCAGAAGUAGAAGCAGUGUCUGAUGCUGAUGAAGGGUUGCCUGUGGUUACAUCUGCAGGAAGCGUGUCCAGUGAUGAGGACUCUCCAGAAUGUGUAGAUUCUGACAGUCAGUCGAAUAAAAAAGUUGAAGGCGGCUAUGAAUGCAAAUACUGUACUUUUCAGACUCCCGAUUUAAAUAUGUUUACUUUCCACGUGGAUUCUGAGCAUCCCAACGUUGUUUUAAGUUCAUCGUAUGUCUGCCUCGAAUGCAAAUUUGUUACCAAAAGGUAUGAUGUGCUUUCAGAACAUAACACGAAGUACCAUCCCGGAGAGGAAAACUUCAAACUGACCAUGGUAAAACGCAACAACCAAACCAUAUUUGAGCAAACGGUGAACGAUCUUACUUUCGAUGGGAGUUUUGUCCAAGAGGAGAAAGCAGAAGAAGAAUUGGAGGGUUCCGAGAGCCCCUUGACAGGCAUCUCAAUCAGCAAAACCCCCAUUAUGAAAAUGAUGAAAAAUAAGAAUGAAGCCAAGCGAAUUGUUGUUUUCCACAAUGCGGCGGAAGAUGGUCCUGCAGAAGAAAAAGAUGCUGACUCUGACAUGGAGUGUGAGGAAGUAGUAGAAAAAGGAGGCCCUGCGGGUUCGGAUGCCAAUCCAGCUAAUUCCUUAGCUGCGGAAGCCGCCAGCCCUGUUGUGAACCCAGCAGCAGUGAUUCAGCCUGCUCAGGUGAUCACCACCCUGGCAUCUCCCCCGACUUCUAAUUUAAUUUCUAAAGUCUUGAUCCCUAUUAACAGCAUCCCAGCCUACAACACUGCUUUGGAUAACAACCCUCUCUUGCAAAACACGUACAAUAAAUUUCCAUAUCCGACUGCCUCAGAAAUCACGCUCCUGGCUACGCAGGCUAAGUAUACUGAGGAGCAAAUCAAAAUCUGGUUCUCUGCCCAGCGUUUGAAACAUGGGGUGAGCUGGACGCCAGAGGAGGUGGAGGAGGCAAGAAGGAAGCAGUUUAACGGCACGGUGCACACCGUCCCUCAGACCAUUACGGUUAUUCCAGCACACAUUUCGGCGGCUAACAAUGGCCUGCCUUCCAUUCUGCAGACGUGCCAAAUUGUGGGCCAGCCAGGCCUCGUCCUUACACAAGUCGCGGGAACCGGGGCACUCCCAGUGACGGCCCCCAUUGCGUUGACCAUGGCGGGAGUCCCAAAUCCCGCCCAGCUGCAGAAAGCCCAGGGCCAAGCGACACAGCCUGUUCCCGAAGGCAAACAGGCAGCUGCUGUCCCAGCACCCCAGCUUACGAAAUCAGAGGUGGUGGCUGCCACCGCCACCACCAACAUCGACACGGUCGCCGUCCGGGCAAAGAAGACGAAGGAGCAGCUGACAGAAUUAAAAGUUAGCUACCUUAAAAGUCACUUUCCUCUCGAUUCAGAGAUAAUCAGGCUCAUGGAAACCACCGGCUUGACGAAAGGGGAGAUUAAAAAGUGGUUCAGCGAUACCAGAUAUAAUCAGAGGAAUUCAAAGCACAAUUAUUACAAUCAUCAGAACAGUGAUUCCUGCACUAUCGUUAUUGACUCCAGUGACGAAACCAGCGAACCCGCCCCACUGGCCCAGCCGCAGCAGAAGCAGCCCUGUGCCGCCUCGGAUUUGAGCUCUCCGAAGUUCAAAGACAAGACUGCGGAGCAACUUAAAGUCCUCCAGGACAGCUUCCGCAACAGUCCUUCUCUCGCUGAGGACGAACUGAACAGGAUAAGCUUAGAAACCAAGCUGAGCAGGGAAGAGAUAGAGGCUUGGUUUGCAGAACAGAAGAAAUUGGGUGCUUCCCCGGAAGAAUGUGAGGAAUUGAACGCGGGUCAUUCCGAGAGUCAGAAGGAUGUGGCUGCAGCAGAAACCUCUGGAGGUGAAGGCUCUGGAGCCCAGAAGGCCGGAAAGCAGACCAAAAAGUCACCGGAACAGUUGCACAUGCUCAAAAUGUCAUUCGUUCGAACUCAGUGGCCUUCUUCGGAGGAAUACGAUAAGUUGGCCAAAGAAACGGGCCUUCCUCGGACAGAGAUUGUGAGUUGGUUUGGGGAUACGCGUUACGCCUGGAAAAACGGGGGCUUGAAAUGGUACUACUACUACCAAGGGAACAGUGCAAACUGUGUGAAUGGUCAAGGCCAUUCCAGGCGGAGGGGGAGGGGCAGGCCCAAGGGGAGGGGGAGGGGACGGCCGCGCGGGCGGCUGACGUCCAGCAAAAGGAUCAAGCCCUGGGACCAAGCCCCCGUCAUCAAGUUUAAAACUGGAAAAGCAAUCCUCAAGGAUUAUUACCUGAAACACAAGUUUCUUAAUGAGCAGGACCUUGACGAACUGGUUGCAAAAUCACACAUGGGCUACGAGCAGGUCAGGGAAUGGUUUGGGGACCGGCAGAGACGAGCUGAUCUUGGCCUUGAGCUCUUUGAUGAGGAAGAGGAGGAAGAGGUGCUGGAAGACCAGGAGGAUGAAGAGGACGAGGAUGAGGAAGAAACAGAUGAUAGUGACAACUGGGAGCCGCCACGGCACGUUAGGCGUAGAUUGUCAAAAUCAGACUGACCUGAAUGUCCUUGGGAUUGUCGGAACAUGAUCUUGCCAUGUGAUUGACCUUGCCAAGUGAUUGGUGCUGGCCCUCUACUACUAGCCAUUGUCUACUUUGAAUUUGCUCCACCUUGAAGGCGGAAUUGAGUGGUUGAUAUGCAUCAAAUGCACACUUGUUCCUUGUUGAGCAGGAAUGGAAAAACAAGUCUGGGACUUGGAACUACAGAGUCUUCAGAAAUUUAACUGUUGGCCAUACUCUGCUGAUAGGGGCUCACUUAAGGGACUAUGUGCUCAAUUGCCUUAUGUUCGUUUCCAAAAAUCCUGUAAAGAAAGGAAUGCGUUUUUUAGAAAAUGAUAUCCUCUUUUGCAGAAGGAGAAUUGCCACGAGAUGAAAAAAUGUGCUCACCGUGUCCCUGUUGCUAAGCUGCAUGUCAGUUUCCCUAUCCUCCGAAAGUAAGAGUGGCUUCAUAAGAAACUUCAGGUACCUGAAAAGGUGUCCCACAGAAGAGAAUUGAGAGUUGUUCUCUAUCUUCUCAGCAUGCAGGACGCUAAAUAAUGGAUUUCAGUUACAGGAAGACAGAUUCUGGUGGAAUGUUGUGGGAUUUAAAAAAAACACUUCCUAAGAUAAGAGCUGUUCACUAUUUAUCCAGAGAGGUGAUGGGCUUUCCCUCACUGGGCACGUUGAAACUGAGACUAAACCAUCAUCUGUUGGAGUUGCUCUGAUUGGGAUUCCUACCCUGAGAAGGUGGCUGGCCUCAGUGGCCCCUGAGUCUAGGAAAAGAAGAUGAUUUGGGGAGAAAGGAUAUCAAAGGAGGGAAACCAUGGAGGGGUGAGAGUUGCUUGAGGUCUUUGAGUUUUUUUAAGGAAAUUAGAGGAAAGGAAUAUCUUUGUUACAUACAGAGCCUGUGUCCUAGGUUUACAGAACUCAUCUUGAAUGUGUCUCUCUAGCUAUGUUCAGGGAAUUUGGGUCCGAAGUAUGUUUUUAUAUUAAAACUAAUCCGUGUAUAUCAUAUUUAAAUACUAGAUAACAAUUAAUGCAGCCAAUACCAAAACCUUGGCUUUGAUUGUGCAAUUCUUUUUCCUCUCAACCUAUCAAAGUAAAGAAUCGUUUUCAGAGAACAA